UAUACAAGCUCAUGUCGAUUACGUAAAAAACCAUACGCAAAUUUUGUGCGUGAGUGUCUUGUGAAAAGUCUUUUCAAAAUGUUGGAAUUUUAUCCGAAUUUAAACCUUGCUCCGGCUAUGUUGCCGGACCACAACGGCUUAAAUGGACCAGAUUGUAACGGUCGAACUGAUGGCAGACUAAUAAAAUGUGAAAAAACUUAUGAAAUGUGUGAGGGUUGUGGGCAGAAAAUCCACGAUCGGUACCUGAUGCGGGUCGCAGACGCAAGUUGGCACGAGCACUGCCUCACUUGUAGCAUCUGUGGCGUCCAACUCGCCCAUUCCUGCUACACCAGAAACACAAAGCUCUACUGUAAGGCUGACUACGAUAGGAUAUUUGGAGUAAAGUGUUCACGAUGCGGCGACCGUCUUCUUCCCCACGAAAUGGUAAUGAGAGCACAACAGCACGUCUUUCAUCUGCCCUGUUUCGUAUGCGUGGUGUGUUGUCAGCCUCUGCAAAAAGGCGAACAAUUCGUGCUACGAGCGGGGCAACUCUUCUGUCGGCAAGACUUCGAGAAAGAGAUGUAUUUGAUGCAGCAGGCAAGUUCCGGGGAUGACGACAUGCUUGACGAGAACAGCCGGCCGAGGGACGGCAGAAGAGGCCCCAAAAGGCCCAGGACUAUUCUCACCUCGGCGCAGAGACGCCAGUUCAAGGCGUCGUUCGAAGUCAGUCCCAAACCCUGCAGGAAAGUCCGAGAAGCCCUGGCUAAAGAAACCGGACUCAGUGUCAGAGUUGUGCAAGUGUGGUUCCAAAAUCAGAGAGCCAAGAUGAAGAAAAUACAAAGAAAAGCGAAGCAGGAUGACGGGAAGUCGCCUGGAGAUAAAGAGAAAGGGGACAAAGAUGACAAGAUUAUUAAACAAGAGUCGCCUUCUAGUGAUCAUGGACAUUUUAUGGGUAUGGGAAAUCUGAGUGAUUCACAUUUUCCUAGUUCCAGUCAACCGCUCAACCCCAACAUUCCGUACUCUCCAGAUGAUGCUUAUCCAGCUCACUCAGGAGAAAGUUUCUGUAGCUCUGAUAUCUCAUUGGAUGACAGUACGAAUUUCGACCAUUUGGAUGAAGCAACAUCAGACACCCUUUCACUACAAAAUUUAGAACUUCAGUCGACACAUUCACAUCAACAUGACACAGUUCCGCCUUCCGGCUCAAUACCAAAUCCAAUUGAUAAACUCUACCUCAUGCAAAAUUCUUAUUUUAGUACGGAACAAUAAAAACGUUUCCCUUUUUUGUUAUAUUAUCACUUGUACUUAAAUUAUUUUUGUUUUUGUUCACUUAAGUAAUAAUUAGUAACCAAACUUCUUUAUUUGUUGCUAUGCAAGUGCCAUUUGAGCUCAAUAAAACUAGUCACAAAUUAGAUAUCUCAUUUAU